UAGCCGAUCCAUUUAUGACUUCAGACUUACUAUGUACUCUCUUCAAAAAUUGUGACCAAAACAAAAGUUAAAGAUAAGAAGAACGAAGAAGAAUAAGCAAGAUUUUCUUAUCUAGAUAUCUGCAAGGUAAUAAUACAGUUCCUUAAACUCAGGAAGAAAAGAGAAAACGACAGAGGCAGAACAUGUGGAGAUUCUCUCCCUAAAACCUGUCCAAAACGUGACGUACAAUUCAUUUUUAUCUUCUCCUUACGAGUUAUCUUCUCUAUUUUUGUUUUAAUAUAGAAAUUUUGAGUCUUUGAGUAAAAAGAUGUUGGAAGGGAAAGCGAAGGUGGAAGAGACAGACAUGCCUGUGAAGAUGCAAAUGCAAGCAAUGAAGAUUGCUUCUCAAUCUCUCGAUCUUUUUGAUGUCUUUGAUUCUAUAUCCAUCGCUGCUCACAUCAAGAAGGAGUUCGAUGAGAGAUAUGGAAGUGGAUGGCAAUGUGUCGUGGGAACCAAUUUUGGGUGUUUCUUCACACAUUCUAAAGGAACUUUCAUCUAUUUUCAUUUGGGGACUCUCAACUUCCUCAUCUUCAAAGGCGCCACUCUUUAGUUUCUUCUAAACCACAUCCAUGUUUCAUUUCCUUUUCUUUUAACCUCAAAGUAGCUUUGUCUGUGUAGGAAGAAGCUGUUCUUUUUUUCUUUUUCUGUUAACAGAUCUUGUUUCCAAUAAAAUUGUAAGAUGUUGUAUUAUUUUGGGAUUAUAUGAGUGGUUAAUGAAGAUAAACGGCUUAUGGGAUUAA